AUGACGGGAAGCACAACUCCACAAGGUCUUGACCCUUGCUGUGCAGUUCACGGUUCAGCGCUGAAUCGUGUACCUCCUUGCGCACUGAUCUUCCAGUUACAAAGGAAUGUAUAUCUCAUGGAGAGCCCAAACAAGUUCAAUUGCCAUUCUACUAGCUUCCCGGAGGCCGGUAAUCGCGCGCUGAUCAAUGACGAGCAUAGAAGAGAUCUUAUCAUCUUCACCAAGGCACCAGCAUGCCGCGGUGGGCCCGAGGCCGGUGGCGGCGACGGGCCGGAGCACGGAGUACGGACCUCUAAGAGACCGUCGAAGUACGACGUCUCAUAUCCAUACGUAGCCCUGCGGCCUCUGCUCUGCCGAUCGGCCGAUAUCCACGGACCGGAACAUCCGUUCAUUUCACCUUUUGCAGCUACAUGUACCAUGCGUUGGUCGUUUAUUCUUUUAAAUCUGGCCAUUGCGGCCAGCCCAGCUAGUGCGGCUUCCUGGCAGUAUAUCUCCCCCAAUGCUCUCCCCUCCGACAGUCUAUCGGCUAGCUGUGUGGAGGCCUUGGUGGUGGCUCUGCUUCUCUUGCAAAUUGAAGGGCUCCGAACUGGCGAGAAGAUAUGCAUUAUGAACCAGUGCAAGACGUACACUGUCCAGGAGAAUGACACCCGCCAGGGCAUUGCUGCUGAAUCGCCGACGUCCAGUGAAGAGACUCCCGCUGAGCCGACGCCCACUGAACUUCCCAUCAGGGAGAAAUGUGCGAAGAAGUCUUGGAAGAGAACAACCAACCUCACCAUUAAGAAUUUUCACGCCAUGUAA